UAUCCUUAGUAUUUGAUAAUUAUUAUAAUGGAUAUAUCAUGACAUGAUUCUUUGGAUAUUAUAAUUAAUAGAAAGCAUAUUCUGAAAGCAAUAAAUACAACAAAAAAAUGGAUAGUUCAGAGUAUGAGACUGUACGAAAUAUGACACUUUUAUUUUUUCUGGAACUUCUUGUGGAAAAAGGUGGACCACGUACAUUACAUGAUCUAAGCUGCCAGUUUGGAGCAAAAGGGUUUACAAAAGAAAUGCGUCAAAUAGCUGGUGGAUCACAAAGUGGUCUUAAAAAGUUUUUAGCUCAAUAUCCAAUGCUUUUUCUUAUUAAUGAUGAUUAUGUAUCAGUAAAUACUUUUCAACAAGUUGUAGAAGAAGAGAAUGGAUGUAAAUUAGGUGGUAAACGUGAUUAUGCUCGAGAGGCUGUAGAAUAUUUUACAAAUAAAUUAAUGCAGUAUGGAGUUGGCACAGAGGUACCAAUAAAAAGUCUUCUGGGACAUAGAUCUCAGGCUUCUCCAGAAGUUAGACAUAUUUCUGGUCAACAUUAUAAGGAAUUUAGAGAUUUUCUUUUAAAAUAUCCUGAUGCUUUUGUAGUUACUGAAGACAAUGUAAUUUUAAAGCAAUAUGAAGGCAUGAAGGCAGAACCUUUUGUAGAAUUAGAACCAGACAUACCUAUAGAUCCAGAAAUUACUGCAAAGUUAUUAGAUUUUCUUUGCGAGUGUAUUAAACAAAAGGGUUCAAUCCUUGUAGAUCAAAUGUUUAAUAUAGUUAAUGAUAAAUUUUCUUAUGAAAAUUGGACUCCAAUAUUUAAAACAUCACAAGAUUUGUGUACAUUUGUCAAAAUGUUCCCAGAUGUAUUUCAUGUUCAAAGCAAUUUGGUAACUUUAAUUGGAAGACCAAAAUCGUCUAAGACAGAAGGGCAAGCAAAGACAAAAUUUGCAAAUUCUACACGAAAUCAAAAUAGUACUGCAAGUCAAACAAAUUUAAAUCAAGAUAUUCAACCAAUUAAUACUCAAGCAUCUCAACAAACAAUUAAUUCAGAACCUGUUAAUACCAAUGCUACAAGUCAAAUUAAUUCUAUACAAAAUUCUCAUUCUCCAUCAGUUGAAAACAGUAAUAGCUCUCCUCCAAUAAGUUUGCAACAACAAACUUUAAAACAAAGAAUAAAUACACUCGUAAUGAAGACUUUAGCAGAUAAUACAGAAAAGGAUAGAAGCUUACAGACUAUGCAAAUGGGAGAUGCUUGGAAAUUAAAAGUAUUGCAACAGACCAGAGUAAUAGUACAUCCAAGGGAAAGUCUUCAAAUUAUAGAAGAUAUAAUAAAUCCUCGUAAGCCUCCGCCUGAUGGUAAAAUUGUUGUUUCAUUUGAUUGUGAAGGAAUAAAUUUAGGAAUUAAAGGGCAAUUGACACUUGUACAAAUUGGAACUAUGUCUGGACAAGCAUAUGUGUUUGAUUUACUUGCUUGUCCUAAUCUUGUACAAACUGGAGGCCUUCAAAAACUUCUAGAACAUAAAGAUGUUAUUAAAGUAAUUCACGACUGUAGAAAUGACAGUGUCAAUUUGUACAGACAAUUUAAAAUUAUGUUGAAUAAUGUUUUUGAUACACAGGCAGCUCAUGCUGUAUUACAGUUUCAAGAAACUGGAAAACCUGUAUAUAAAGUUAAGAAUGUUAAUUUGAAUACACUAUGUGAUCAUUAUGGUGCUCCAAAUAAUCCAUUAAAAGAACAAUUCAAAAAUAUUUAUCGUAAUAAUCAAAAGUAUUGGUGUAGGCGUCCAUUAACACGAGAUAUGCUCAUUUAUGCUAGUAGCGAUGUUUUGAGUUUGGUCCCACAAAUAUAUGUCUCCAUGUCUAGACUUAUAAAACCGGAAGUACAAGUUCUUUUUAAUGAGCUGUGUGAGGAACAAAUUCAACUACUAAUUAAACCUGCAGAAGUAAAAGCACGAAAGAAACAACGAAAAGUGGAAACAGAAGUUGCAGAUUUGAAAAAAAGGAUGGAAGAAGCAACCACCAAAAAUAUUGUUUUAAGCAAUCGUGAAAUUCGUCUCUUGCGUUAUCUUGACCUUACUGAAGAUGAAAAGGAGAAAUUGAAGGGUAGUUACAAAGUUGCAAGAAAAUUAGAAAAACUUGAAAAUAUGGGUCAAGAUAAAGGAGACAGCAGUGACGAUGACGAUGAUGAUAAGAUUGAAGACUCAGAGUAUCACAGUAUGGAAAGUAAUACUUCUGAAAAUUCACAUUCUGGUGUUAUAUUGUCGCCGAGGAAUUCUGAUACCCCAAGUCUCACAGAAUCAAUGCAAAUGGUAGAUGAAAUUCUUUCUGAUGGGCGGAUGGACAGAUUUGAAAAAAUAGAAAAAUUAGAAGCUAUUCUUUCAGCCGUUACUAGUUCUGCAACUGAUCAGUUCUCUUCAAGCAGUGCAGAUGUAUCUCCGGCGAAAUGUAUAUGCUCAUGUCGGGAUAAAAGUAAAAGUCCACGAUCAGAUCGUAAGACCGAAAAUAGCGUACCUUGCCAAACAUAUAGUACAGGUGAUAUAGUAAUUACCAAAAUAUUUCUUACGGAAGAAGAAAAGGAACGUAUAGAUUUAUUAAAUUCGCCAAAAAAGUAGAUAUGUCAUAGUUAUUGCGAAAGUGGUAAGGAAGAAAGUUGCCAUUGUUAGAUUUUUACGAAAAAAAUGAGCGGGUGACAAGACAGAAAAAUCUAGUUGAAAAUUCAUCUAUUUUAUGUAGUUUGACGAAAUCGUAAUAUUGAACUACAACAA